AAGCUGAGCCUCAUACGUGUCCACCAUGAAUGCACGGUCCUCGCCUGCCUUCAAACGGAGCGCCAGUCGUGCCCUUGACGCGACACCUUGCCGUCGCUCGCCAACCUCCGCCAUUUGAGAAACAGAGCCAGUCGCCUAAAUAUACUUCCUCCGCUUAACCACUUGUGAGCGUUUGUUUCCGAGGACAACAUGGGUGUGAUUAGGAAGCUUCAGUCAAGAGCUAAAGUGAUCAGCUUUAGCGAGGAAUCCGUUAAUUCAUUGGGAAUUAGCCAGCCACCCACCCCUCCUUCGGAGCCAGAAACAACAGAUGUGCCCCCUCCAGCCCUUGUUCCUCAGCGCCGUGAUCCCCGGCUGCUUAUUCAGCGGCUGGAGCAGCACAACCAUCACCAGCGGAGACGUACGGGUGCAAGGAAGACUCGAAGGGCUGACAAUGCUCAAGCUUUGCAAACCCUGGUUGAAGAUGACCAGGAAGGUGUCAAUGAUGAUAUGGACGUUGCUCCCAACUCGGAAGGCAUAUUCACCAAGCUCUUCAAUGAUUGUGACAAGAUGAGGAUCUGGCAGUACUUCAUUUCUCUGAGUGAGGACAGGCAAGAACAUUAUUUGAACACCAUUUGUAAAAGGAAAGAAAAUGCAAGAAGCAGUGGCAUUGGUGGAGUUUCCUUUACUCAGCGUGUCAAAAACAUUGAAAAGGGGAAGAUAGAAGAGCCACUUGAGGAAGACGGAUUCACCGUGAUUCCACCAAUGAGUGACUGUCGAAAUAUGCACCCAGCUUAUACCACUGAGCAGCGUUUUUGGGAAGUGAAGCCUCAGUUGCGCAAAAUGCUGAAAGGAAGGCAGUUCCCUGUGGGUAUCCUGAAGGACCUAGAAGAUGAAAUUGUUGAGUUGUUCACUGUAGAUCCAACAACAGUGUACAUAACCCAGGAACUUAAUAGUUUCCAGCGCCUCUUAGUCCAUGCCCUCUGCGAGUACAACCUCUUAAGUUCAAAAAGUUCAACAAUGACAAAUGUUCGGCGAACGAAGGUGGAAAAUAAAGCUGAUUGUUUCCACGCCCCUGAAGUGUCACUCAAUCAAUAUAUUGAAACUUACUAUAGGAGUAAAUACUAACUUCACAAAAAUGAAAAGCAUAAAAACAUCUGAAGUUUUGAGGAUAAUCCUUUCCUAUUCAGAUUGAACCUUGCAUCAGAUGACAGAUAGAAUGACUGGGAAAGGAGCAGAUUUGUUCAGAAUAUUUCACAAAAAGCACUUUUGUGGAUUUGAAAUCACUUUGGUUAGGUUAUGUAUAUUUUGAUCCAUAGAUGUUCCUGCUUCACACAAAUUAUUUUCAGUGCCUCCCUUAUUUACCUGCUCAAAAAGCAUCCAGAUUAUAAAUAACAGUGCUUAAUGUUUGCUCAUAUUCUCCUAUUUUAUUGUAUGUCUUGAUUUGUUUUCUGCUUAUUCAUAGUGGUUGAAUAUACAUCAGGUUAUGCUUUCAGUAUAAAUUGGCUUAGAAGUUUACAUAAUGGAACUAUUUGUCCUGACUUAUGUCUGAAUGUAUUCUAAUUGGAAGUACUCCGAUAGGUUUACAUAUGUAAAUAUGUAUGUAUGUAUGUCUCCUGCUUUAAGGAUAUAUUAUGUUAUUACCAACCUAAUUUUGUUGUAUAAACUAUUGACUAACAUUUUUCACUAUGUGUGUUAAAUUUUAAACUUGUAGUAUUUAUGUAUUAGCAAGAUAAUAAUUAACCCCUUUGAUCUGGAUAGUGUGACUAUCAUAUUAUGAAAACAUUUGGCUUGAGGGGGCAGGUAACAUGAACAUGUCACGGGUGAUGCAAACUUGCUGUUGUAAGCAUUUCGGUUUAAGACAGGGUGACAGAAAAGAUUUGCCACAAGUGCCCAAACCUCUUGGUAGGGUACAUAGACUCAUUUGAAGUUUAAAAAGGAGUUUUUGUAUUAUUCCCAUCAAUGAAAGAGUGUGGAAUGUAGUGUCUGUGAGCCAUGACUGGAAGAAUGUUGACUCCAGGGAGGACAUCCAUGCUCAGCAUCCUAUUCCUGGGCGCUGUGACCAGUAACAUAGGUUGUAUUACAGAAAAUUGAAUAUUACAAAAAAUGGGGGGGGGAAAAAGACAAAUAAGGAAAUAUUACUUAUUGUUAUUAUUAUUACACCGAGUUAUUGACUACCUGGAAAAAUGAUAUGGAGUCUAUGCAAGAACAGUCUCUUACCAACUGGAUAAAGCAAAUCAAAUGACAAAUAGUUCCAUUGAAAAAGGGCAAUAAAAGUUAAAAAUGCUUAUGCAAAAAGGGGAGGCAUAGUCUUUGUUUCCGCACAUAAGUGUUCGCGUGCACCUGGCCUACAAGCCACGCACCUGGUAGAGUGUCCACUCAUGUGAGUCUAAAGCUCAUAUUUUGGGCUAUGUGAUUUCCGUGAAGCACCUGGAUCCAAGGGGUUAAUAUGGCUAAAAAUGUUAUUCUGGGGCCUUUAAUUAAUUGGCAAGAAAAUAUUUGUUACUAUGAACCUGCAAGAUUUACAACCUUUUAACACAGAGAGGGCAAAAAGGCACGCCCUGUCCACAAUAAUUAAAGUACAUUCAUUUUGUUUACACCUAGAUGGCUUCAGAAGUGCCUUGCCAACAAUAAGUCAGUUACUAGGUCAGAAUUUUCAACAACAAAAAAAUCUUCAUUACCAGCAGUUUAAUGUUUUAAUAAUAAUAAUCAUUGUUAUAUUGAUUAUGAUGAUAAUAGAAAUAAAAACUUUUCCUGAAAAUUCAAAGAAGAGGUUGAACAUGUGAAGCCAAGUAGUCCUACUAAAGUCUUUUGAAGUCCUCUUGUGUAAACAACAUUGACAAAUCAGAACUUCAGUAGACAGUGCACGCUCCCAAAACCAAUGGGGUUGAAACCCUAUGAUAUUGGUAUUUUUCAGUUUAAUAAUUUGUUGUUUAUAUAAGAACAUAACUGAAAACUGAGUAGAAUGAAUUUAGGAAGCAUUAUAUUUGUUACUGCUUAUUAGGGUACAAACAUGACUAUAAGAUACAUUUUGUGAAAACAGAAAACUGAGAUAUCAUACAUAAUAUACCUUUAAACAUA